CCAUGGACCAAUGGGUAGCAAUUCUCAGUGUUGCUAUAGUAACACACGUAGAUCGAGAACUUAUGGGACCAAAAACGAGGUCUCCUUCUAACAGCUGUACUUGUUCGUACUGUUGGUAAUUUUUUAUAGUGAUUCGCGUGAAAAUCACAUUAAACUUAUCGAGGUUGUCUUUCGUGCUUUUCUUUAUCGAUUCUGUUUAAAAGAACGUAACAUCUCGUGAGAACGUAUUUUGGCGACAGUGUCGCUUUCCUUUGAGAUCAUUUGAAAGUGCACCGUAGCAGAAGACAUCGAAAACCGUUGGUGGUUUGAUAGUCGUUAAGUAGAGACCUAACCUAACAUAGUCUAUUCCGAUAGCGUCCUUAUUGCAAUUAUCGGAGUGAGUUAACUUCGAAUUUAAAUAACGAGAGUAAUAUUAAGAAUAUUAUGCGCGAUUGUGAUCAACUCAAAUAUUAUAGCGUUUCUUCUUCAGAGUGUAAAGUGAAAGAAAUAUAUUGUUAAGCAAGGAAUGGAUCCUGCAACAGUCAUUGCUCUUUGUAAGGAAAACAUUCAGCCGCUUCGUUAUGGACGAAAUGCUGCUCAAUUGGGAACUGCGUUAAGGGCACAGGAAGAUGUAGAAGCACAACAAUUACUUCUUCAAGAAAAGCAAAUGUAUGAAGAUGCAAUUAGAAAUUAUGAAGGAGAAGAUCCUUUAGAAAAUUGGUAUGAAUAUAUACUCUGGAUCGAACAAAGUUACCCAAAGAGUGGUCAUGAAUCGCAUAUUGGAAAAUUAUUACAACAAUGUUUAGCCACAUUUGAGAAAGAAGCAAAGUAUUAUCAAGAUCAAAGAUAUAUACGUCUUUGGAUUAAUUAUAUAAAUAUGCAAAAGAAUCCUUUAGAACUGUAUCAACUUUUAUAUAAUAACGGAAUCGGAACUAUGGUAGCAGAUAUGUACAGAGCAUGGGCCUUUGAAUUAGAACAAAUAGAGGAUUAUAAACAAGCAGAUGAAAUUUAUUUAUUAGGUUUAAGAGCUCGAGCGGAACCACUGGAUGAAUUAGAUUAUGCACAUAAAAACUUUCAGUUAGCAGUAGCUCGUAAAACACUUGGACGUAUAGACGAUAGAGGUGAUGCAUCAAUAUUUGAACAGAGACAAGCGUUUAGUUCAUUGAAAGCAAUUAAAGCUGGUAAAAGGGUUGGUACGAUACGAACCGGACAUCGUGUACGUGAUUAUUUUCCUGGUAGCAUACCUCAAGUAACAACAAUGCAGAAUACAAGACCAAAUUCUCGAGUACAGAUAUAUCAGGACGAUAUGUCAGGAGAAAUAAAAGGUGCAAGUAUAUUGGAUCAUGUACCUAUAGAAGAUAUGAUGCAUAAGGAAAAUACAAUUAAACCUGGUCCAUGGAACAGUGGAAUGAAAAAAUCUAAUUUAUUAUCAUCUACUGUGAAAACUGCUUUUAAAGUUCACGAAGAUGAAGUGGAUGACAAUGACAUGCAGAAAGUAAGAUUGUUUCCUAAUCAUAUAUCGUUUUUUGAUGGAAGCAAAUAUCCUGAACAUAUGAUGAUACCUGUAUGUGUACAAGAUCGACCAAAUCCAAAUGUUAUCCUUAAACCACACUAUCCUAAACAAAUAGUUUAUGCCAAUAAUAUGGAUAUAAGUAUGGAAGAAAUUAGAGCUCAACGUUAUCUUCUUAAAAGUAGGCAAAAUCAGGAUAUGCAAAAAAAGUAUUCCGACUUGGAUAUAGACGAUAAAUGUUCAAGAAAUCCUGAUUUACAAAACCAACAAAAAAUUAUGGAAAGAGAUUCUCAGAAUCACAGUAUUACAUUGCAAGAAUUGCAACAACAUAGGCAAGAAUUUGCGCAACAAAAAAUGGUACAAAGGCAACACAAUCUUGAGCUUCAAAGAAGAGAAAUCGAACAUUUAGAAAUUGAAAGACACAGAAUCCAAAUCGAACAACAACAAGAAUUACAAAGACAACAAUAUGAAGUUGACAAGCUAACAUUAGAAAAUCAAAGACACGACGCAAAGCAACAAGAAUUGAAAAGAUUAGAGGCUGAAAGAUUAGAAGCUGAAAGGAUAGAAGCCGAACGAAUUGAAGCAGAAAGAAUCGAAGCUGAAAGAAUCGAAGCGCAAAGGAUCGAAGCCGAAAGAAUCGAGGCACAGAGGAUCGAGGCCGAAAGAAUCGAAGCUGAACGGAUAGAGGCACAAAGAAUCGAAGCUGAAAGGAUAGAAGCUGAGAGAAUUGAAGCAGAAAGGAUCGAAGCUCAAAGAAUGGAAGCUGAAUUAAAUACGCAAAGAAAAUUACAAACAAGUUAUUUGCAUUCGCAUCAUACGUCAUCUUUAUCAACGGAUAAUGAGGAACAUUUACUUGGACAAAGCCUUACUGUAAAUACAAAAGAAGCAAUAUCAGCGGUACAAGAUUUAUGGCAUUCUCCAAGUGUUACACCCGCUACACCGCGUUUUCGUAAUCCUAUAGCACCUCGAAUGACAGAUUCUAGAACAAAAUUAUCUUUUGACAUACAUAUGGAUAGUUCAAUGACACAGCACGCGAUGUCUAGUAAACAUCAUCAAGGAUAUAACAUACAACCUUACGAAGAUCAAGAAAAUCAUCAAAGUUUUCAUUCUUCUCAUCAGAGUUACGUGCCUCCGGCACAACACACGCCGUAUGGAAAUCAUGGAUUACAAAAUACGUAUCAUUACCAAAUACAGCAUCAUGACCAGCAAGUACAACAAUUAUCACAUCAUCCGCAUCAUCAGUUGAUACAACAACAACAACAACAACAAGCACACUCGUUGCAUCAUCAAUCCCUUUCACAGUCUCAACAUCUUCAAUCGCAUUCACAACUUCAACAUCAUUCACAUGUACAUCAUCAUUCACCACAAAGUCAACAUUUACCGCAUCAGCCACACCACUCGCACCAUCAUAUGCAACAAAUGCAACAUCCUUCCUUUGGCAAUAUGUUACCAAAUGAUAUAGGAUAUCAACAAUAUCCGUCCUCGUUGGAACCAGCUCUUCUACAACAAAAUUCAGAACCUCAAAAACCAUUACAUUAUCCAUCAUACAGUGAACCUAAUGUAGAGGCAAAUAAACCUUAUAGGAUGCCUCCUGAAUUACCAUAUAUCAAAUCACCAGGAAUGAAUCGUAGAGACUUGAAAUAUUUGGAAAAUGCUGAAAAUAAAGAAAAUGCCAUUGUUAUCGAUUAUAAUGGACCACUCGAGGAAAACAUGCCAUCAAAAUUAGCAGAAGAAAAUAACUUGUAUACAGAUGAUACCCUUGGUAUAGCACCCUUAUCAGGACCAAAUGAUACCUGCUAUACCGAAGCAUGCAAUGCUUUAUUAAGUAGUUCUACUCCUAUGACUAACCAUUUUAGAUUAUCGCAUAGACCAAAGGAUGUGCCACAAUUUUCAAGCCAAAAUGUUCCACAUCACACAAUCCCAGAUGUAAAUAAUGGUAAUACGGAUGAAAAAUUAAGUGUUAUAAUGGAAUCAACUAGGGAAUAUGUUUCAAGUAGUUCAGCCUCUAGUGCCAAUACAAGAACAGCUGCUUUAGGUUUUACGUUAACAAGAGAAGAAAUGAGUUUGAUUAAAGAAUCGAGCUUACAGCAAACACAUAACGAUUCUAUAUUAGCGACCAGUCAACCAUACGAACAGAAAAUGCGUGCUCAAAUUCAAGCUGUACAUGCUCAAAGUCCACGUACGGUACAACGAAAUGUGGAUCAAAUAACGUCAGAAAUAAAAAAUAAUUGUGACUUACGAAAAUCUAUCAAUUUUAAACUUAGUAGUGAAACAGACAAUCAGGAAAAAACUGAUACUAUGGAAUGCGAAGAGCAUGAACCAAUGGAACAAGUGGAAGAAGAAAUCUUUCAACUUCCUUCUGGAGAUAUUAAUCCUUUUGAUAAGAAUUUAAUUGCCGGACUUUUGAAAAACAUGAAAUUUCCACAAUCACAACAUGCAAAAGGAUAUAUGAGAAUAAAUACUAACUUAAAUAAGUUUGUGCCUUCUACUAUGAUUACGCUUGGACCUGAAGCGUAUAAUUUGGAAAAGUGCCUUGGGAAAGGAAUGUAUGGAACAGUUUUUAAAGCAGUAAAUAUGCAGACAGGUCGCACUGUUGCUUUAAAGACCCAAAAGCCUGCAUGGGUUUGGGAAUAUUACAUUGUUAGGGAAAUAAAAACCCGCCUUAAAAAUCCACAUAUGCUUCGAGGAUUUAUGGAUGUUUCAAUAGCUUAUAUAGCAAAUAAUGGCAGUGUACUAGUUUCAGAAUUUUCCAAAUUUGGAACAUUAUUAGCAGUAACUAAUCAAGUUAAAAUGUCUACUGGUAAACCAUUAAUAGAACCACUUGCUAUUUUCUUUACUAUCGAAAUGCUUCAAAUUGUUGAACAUUUACAUAAAUGCCAAAUUAUACAUGGAGAUAUAAAGCCAGAUAAUUUCUUAUUUAUGCGAUUACCAACAGAGGAUGUUAGGCCAACAAUACAGUUGAUUGAUUUUGGAUGCAGUAUAGAUAUGAGUUUAUUACCAAAAAAAACAACAUUUACUCAUAUCAUAAAAACCGAAGAAUUUACGUGCAUUGAAAUGCAAACUGGACGGCCUUGGACGUAUCAAACAGAUUUAUAUUGUUUGGCGGCUACAAGCCAUUGUUUAUUAUUUGGUAAUUACAUGAGAGUAUCAAACGUUGGCGAUCAUUGGUUUAUAAAUUCAAAGUUGCCAAGGUAUGCAAAGAAGGCCGCUUGGGAACCAUUCUUUACAGAAUUAUUGAAUAUCGAAUCGUGUGAAAAAUUACCAGACUUAUGUAGAUUACGAAAUUUAAUGGAAGAAGCUUUACCACCAAUGCCAGAAUUACAAUCAAAGCUUAGAAUCUUAUCUAAUAUACUCAACAAACGAUAACGCUUACUUAAUUUGCUAAAUCAGAUACUAUGGCCCAAUGUGUACGGCACACAUUUAGUAAAGAACCAACGUUUAAUAAGAAAAAAAAUUAAUAUUAUUGUGCUAUUUAUUGUAAAAGUUACUAUUACAGUGAUAUAUGUACUUCACAGCUACAGUACAUGAAAUGCACGUUUAUGGCCUGCUUUGUGGAGGCUUUAUUGAUUUAUAUUGCUUGCACAUAAUCAAUAAUAUUAGAAGUGUGAAUUUGAUUCUGCCAAUAUUUCUCUCCGAAAUAUCGUAAUCAAUCUCCUGGAGAUUCUCUUUACUACUAGUUUCUUUUUUUUUCUUUUUUUUUUUUUUUUUCCUUUUUUUUCCAUGGAUACGUCUUUCAAAGUACCUCGUGACACAUAGUACCUGGAUGUUAGUGUUUGUCACGCAAAGUGUGUAAAAGCAAAGAAUUGUAUUAUAAGAUAUAAGCAAAGAAAGACAAAAGAAUUUCGUUGGAGAUAUUGAUAGUACAAUGUACGUGUGAUAAAUGUAUGCAGGCACAUUAAACUUUAAGGAUAUGCAACUGCAAAUGUAAAAAGUUUAUCUCUCACGGUAUAGUUGCAUUCCAUAUAUAUUCUCUCUCUCUUUCUCUAUCUCUCUAUCUCUCUCUCUCUCUCUCUCUCUCUCUCUCUCUCUCU